CACCUUUGCGACCCUGCUGGGCCCUCCGGGAGGGCGGAAGCCCUUUCUCCUCCUGGUGCGCGAGUCACAGGCCCUGGGUGGAAGGAGGGAGUCUGCCCCCGAGGCCCGCACUCUCCCCGGCCCCCAACUCCGAAUCCUCCACCCAGGCUGGGGGAACACUGGAAAGGUGGCUCUCAGCAGCCCCCACUCCUCCUGCCUCUGGGGUCAUCGCGGGGCGUGGGUAACUGAGGAUGACUGUCUCCUGAGUGUCAGGGGGAGGACUUCCAGAGAAGUUUGCUCAGAGCGCUCUAGACGCACACCUCCCCCAGACCCAGGCUCCAGGCAUCCGGACACCAGGCGCAGUAACUGUGCUGACCUCUGACCUCAGUCGGCCAAGCCAGUCUCUGGACCGCCUAGGCACGGCAGCUCCUUCCCUUCCCUUUGGAUAUAAAUUAGUUUGAAACCACCAAGGGAGGGGUACCCUGCGCACACAACCCCCGAACCUGGAGGGGCUCCCCACGUGAGGGGGGCCCCCAGCAGAACAGGCCCACAGAGGCCCGGUCUCGGGCAGCAGGAUGUUUCCUGUGGUCUCUGACGUGGUGCUGGUGGACCUGUAGGUUGGUGACAGGGUCUCGGGGGUGGAGGUGAUGAGGUCAGCUAGGCGAAGGGUGGCCGAGGAACCCAGCCUGAGGUAUCCUUCUGGUUGCAGGGGCCCCAACUGGAAAGAAGGCCAAGAAGAGGAUCAGGUGGGAGGGCUCAGCUGGCACAGGGGCCAGAACCAGGAGCUGCAGGGUCCUUGGCUGCCCCCCCCCCAGAGGGUGUGUGUUGCAGCUGGGGAGUGGCCAGGCUUGGCCAUCUUCCCUCCGUGUCCUGGGAGAAGGAUGCAAGGGCACCCGCCCGGUCCCGUCGCAUGGCCUUGGGUCUGGGUGGGGCUGCGGGGGAAGGUGUUCCCAGGUGCCCAGCCAGCACAGCCUGUGAGCCAGCAGCCACACUGGUGUCCUAAUUGGCCCCCCGAGGGGUGCCGCUAGCCUCCCUCCUCGGGGCGCCCCCCCCCCCACGUCCUGGGGCCGCCGCCAGCCGAGCACCAGGUAGGAGAUGCAUGACUCUCCGCACUCUCUGGGAUCGUGUGUCUGGAGACAGAGGGAGCCCCCCAGAGCCGAGAUGACCGACCCCUUUUGUGUUGGAGGAGGCCGCCGACUCCCAGGGUCCAGCAAGAGCGGACCUGGGAAGGAUGGCGGCCGGAACGAGGUCCGACUUCCCAUGCUUCAUGACCCACCAAAGCUGGGGCUGCCAGCGGUCCGAGGUGGGCAGACAAUGCCCGGCCAGGCCCCGCUCUGCUUUGACCUGGGAAGUCCAGCCGGUGAUAGGACAGAAGGGAAGAAAAAGGGGCGUCCGAAAGCUGAGAACCAGGCCCUCCGAGACAUUCCUCUCUCCCUGAUGAACCAGUGGAAGGAUGAAUUCAAGGCGCACUCGAGGGUGAAGUGUCCAAACUCCGGGUGCUGGCUGGAGUUCCCCAGCAUCUACGGGCUCAAGUACCAUUACCAGCGGUGCCAGGGGGGAGCCAUCUCCGAGAGGCUGACCUUCCCCUGCCCCUUCUGUGAGGCCGCCUUCACCUCCAAGACGCAGCUGGAGAAGCAUCGGAUUUGGAAUCACAUGGACCGGCCCCUGCCUGCCCCCAAGCCCGGGCCAGUCAGCCGGCCCGUCACCGUCAGUCGGCCCGUGGGGGUCAGCAAGCCCAUCGGAGUCAGCAAACCUGUCACUAUCAGCAAGCCCAUCGGCAUUAGCAAGCCGGUGACGGUCAGCCGGCCCGUGCCGGUCACCAAGCCGGUGACGGUCAGCCGGCCCGUGCCGGUCACCAAGCCGGUGACGGUCAGCCGGCCCGUGCCGGUCACUAAGGCUGUGCCAGUUGCUAGGCCUGUGCCGGUCAAUAAGCCUAUACCAGUCACGAAGUCUGUGCCAAUCGCCAAGCCAGUGACAGUCAACAAACCGGUGCCGGUCACCAAACCAGUGACCAUUAACAAGCCGGUGCCAAUGACAAAACUUGUGCCGGUUACAAAGCCAGUGCCAGUCAGCAGGCCCAUUGUGGUCAGCAAGCCGGUGCCGGUCAGCAGGCCCGUGGCCAUCAGCAGACACGCAGCCCCCUGCAAGAUGGUGCUGCUGACCAAGUCUGAGAACAAGGCUCCUCGGGCCUCAGGGAAGAGCAGCGGGAAGAAAAGGGCUGCGGACAGCCUGGACGCCGGCCCCAUCCCGCCCAAGCAGGCGAGGCCGGAGAGCGGGGAGUACGGCCCGUCCACCAUGGGCCAGAGCUCGGCCUUCCAGCUGAGCACAGACCCCAGCAGCGGCUCCCUCUCUCCGGGCAGCUGGCCCUUGGGGGGCAAGGAGGCACCGAGGGCCGCAGACCCCGUGGCCCCGCCCGAGGAGGGUGCGGAGCGCACAAGGCACAGAAGGAAACAGAAAACACCCAAGAAGUUUACGGGUGAGCAGCCGUCCAUCUCAGGGACCUUUGGACUCAAAGGCCUGGCCAAGGCAGAAGACAAAUCACGCAUCCACCGGGCCAAGAAGCAGGAGGGGCCAGCCCCCGAGGACAUGCGGAAGAAGGUGCCAGCCCCCACCAGUGCUGUCAGCAAGGAGGUGCCGGCCCCCAUGGCCCACCCAGCCCCAGGUGGCCCUGAGGAGCAGUGGCAACGGGCCAUCCACGAACGGGGGGAGGCCGUCUGCCCCACGUGCAGCGUGGUCACCCGAAAGACCCUGGUGGGGCUCAAGAAGCACAUGGAAGUCUGUCAGAAGCUGCAGGAUGCGCUUAAGUGCCAGCAUUGCCGGAAGCAGUUCAAGUCCAAGGCCGGCCUCAACUACCACACCAUGGCUGAGCACAGUGCCAAGCCCUCUGACGCCGAGGCCUCGGAGGGGAGUGAGCAGGAGGAGCGGGAACGGCUGCGGAAGGUGCUGAAGCAGAUGGGGCGGCUGCGCUGCCCCCAGGAGGGCUGUGGGGCCGCCUUCUCCAGCCUCAUGGGCUACCAGUACCACCAGCGACGCUGCGGGAAGCCGCCCUGCGAGGUGGAGAGCCCUUCCUUCCCCUGCACCCACUGCGGCAAGACCUACCGCUCCAAGGCUGGCCACGACUACCACGUGCGCUCGGAGCACUCGGCCCCGCCUCCUGAAGAGCCCACGGACAAGGCCCCUGAGGCUGUGGACCUGUUGGGUGUCGAGAGGACCCCCAGCGGCCGCAUCCGCCGCACGUCGGCCCAGGUUGCCGUGUUCCACCUGCAGGAGAUCGCGGAGGAUGAGCUGGCUCGAGACUGGACCAAGCGGAGGAUGAAGGAUGACCUGGUGCCCGAGACUGCGAGGCUCAACUACACGCGGCCAGGCCUUCCAGUGCUGAACCCCCAGCUGCUGGAGGCGUGGAAGAACGAGGUCAAGGACAAGGGCCAUGUCAACUGCCCCAAUGAUUGCUGUGAAGCCAUCUACUCCAGUGUGUCCGGCCUCAAGGCCCAUCUGGCCAGCUGCAGCAAGGGGGACCACCUGGUGGGGAAGUACUGCUGCCUGCUGUGUCCCAAGGAGUUCAGCUCUGAGAGUGGCGUCAAGUACCACAUCCUCAAGACGCACGCAGAGAACUGGUUCCGUACUUCGGCAGACCCGCCCCCCAGACACAAGGGCCGGGACUCCCCUGUACCCAAGAAGGAGCGGAAGAGUCUGGCCGGCGGCGGGAAGAAGCGGGGCCGAAAGCCCAAGGAUCGGCCCCCCGAGGAGUCGGCCCCCAGGACGUCCCCCCGCCGGGACGAGUGGCCUCCGGGAGGCAGAGACAAGGGGGCCCGGGGCUCCACGGGCCGGAAGGUGGGAGCCGGCAAGGCACCCGAGAAGUGAGCGCGUGGAGCCUGGCAGGUGGGUGGGGCCCGUCCCCACGCGGCCCGGCCCCUCCUCCGCCCGGGUGGGGCUCCGGCACCUCCUGCCUCCUGCCCUCCGGGUCUCCACCCCGCCCCUGCCUGAUCGGCUGUCCUGCUGGGCAGCUGGUCCUCUCCCUUCCCCGAAGGUGGUCCUACACCCCCCCCCCCACCGCCCCCGGACCCGGGCUGCGGCGGGACACCCUGAGCUGAGGCUCCUGGGCCCGGGAGCCGGGGCCGCUGCGGAAGUGCAAUAGUCCAGAGGGACCUUCCCGGGCCCACCGAGUCUGGGGCCUGGCUGGGCAGGAGGCAGGGUUGCAGCCUGGGCUUUAGUGCUUGGGCCACAUGGAGCCGGCCGAUGGCCUUCUGGCCCUUGGCUGGCGAGCUCCGUGCUCUGUCUGCUUCCUCAGGCCCAAGCUCGGGGGUCCCUGGUGACCUGUGGUUCUGGGCUGGUGAGGGACCUGAGCAGCCUCACUUCUUGACCCGACACUGGAGCCCCAGCACCCCCAGCUACCUCCCAGGACAGACCCCAAGUCUGAUAGCUGCCGUGCUGACCUGACAGCUCGCCCCACGCCCACCCCAGCCGUCUUCUGGUUCCUGCACUUCUCUCUACCUCUCCAGCCCCCGCCCAUGCCACCCCUGCCACCCCUGCUACCCCUGCUGUGCUUGGGCCCCCAUGCCACCCCUCCCUCCCCACAUCCAUCACAGGGGGCAGCUCUGCUCUGCCACACCCCAGUAGUGCUCCCGCUGGGGGCGGGCGGGCGGGUUGGGGGGGGGGUUCUACUUCUCCCUCUGAAGGGCUGUGGGCGCAGGGCUGUGGGGCCGCAUGAAGUGAGCUCCGGCCUCGGCCCCCAGCUUUGCUACUACUGCUGGCCUGGCUCUAGCAGCCCAGUGGGCAAGGGUUGGGCCAGUCUGGGUUCUGGGAUCACCUGGGGUCCACAGGCAUGUGGGGCAGGGACCUGGGGUCUGGCUCUGAGUAGUGAUUCCUGUGGGAAGCAGCCUUUGGUGGUCUGAGUUGGCCCUGGCCAAGCUCCCGUGGGAGCCUCCUGCCCACUGUCUUACCUGCUCCUUUGUUUCUGGCUACGUGGCUUUUUGACAUGAGAUCCAAAGGCUGGGGCGGAGCUGGGUCAAACUCACAGCAGGUCGGCAGCAGUUCCAAGGCUCUGUCUUGACUCCCUUUGGUGCCCUGAGCUCUGUAGGUUGGGUUGGGGGAGUCCAGGCCACUCUGAGGAGGUAGCCACAUGGUUUCUGGCCUCCUGCCUGGACCCCACCUUCCCACUCUGGCGUUGCAGGGACACGGAGGGUGCCCAGAGAUGCUGGGGUGAAUGGAGGCUGUUUUCCACUGGGGGGUGGGGGUGGGCUGAGGGCUCGGCCUCGCCGAUCCUGAAUGAUGUGAAUUUUGAUAUUUGCCGGUGUGCGUGUAUCUCCUGGGUGUAGUGGAUGCCGGUCCUGUUGCUGUGACAAGUAACAACCUUUUUUUUAUUCUGUUUUUUAUACAACAACUCACAACAAUCUGACACUUUGGUGCUAAGGGUUUCCUGGUGCCGACCGACAGUGGAUCUGGGGGCUGGGCUGGGUCCCUCCCCUGCUCAGGGAGGUGGCGCUGACUGGGCACCUCGGCCCCAGCUCCUGUCCUCAGCCAGCCCCUGGAGGGCGGGGGGGGCUCUGGUCUGGGCUCAACUCCCCUCCCCCUGCGCUGGGGAGCCGCUUCAGGAGGGCCUGGGGCUGGGGUGCCGUGCUGCCUGUCUCUGGCUUCUUCUUUCGGCCAGCAUGUUCUGACCCAGGGCAGUUCUGGCCUGAUGUCCUAGGGAGGGGGUGUGGAGGCUGGACUCUCCCCACUUGAUCUGAGCAGAGGGUGGAGACAUGGGCGGAUGGAGGUGCUCCAGCAUCAAAGGUUGAGGCAAGCAGCAUGGGCUUUGGGGCAGGAGGGCUUUCUUUCCUGUGUUCCCGCUGUCACUGAUGUGCAGUUGGUGGAGGUAGAGGUGGGUCGGGCGGCCACUGCAGGGGCAGCUGCGGGAGGGGCAGGGGAGCAAGUGCUGGUGGGAGCCCCACAUGCACUCUGUCCUUGUCAUCAGUGGCUGGAGGCGUUGGACCUCCACGCCUCUGCUGGGGAUGGCCACCUGCCCCGGCCUCUCAGGUACUUGGCCCUUGGGGAGUGGGGGCUGGUUUUGGCAGGGGGAUGAGUUUCACUGUCACCCCCGAGGUCCAAGUGUGGUCCCUGGCAUGGGGACCCCGCCGGAUGUGUGGGAAGAGGUGGGGUGCUGGGUAACUUGAUGUUUAGCACUUUAACCCCCUUCUUGGUCUUUAAGGUGGGCCUGGGGACUGCCGCCAGAAGUGGCUGCUGGGCCAGACCGCUUUCUUCCCCUCUUUCCUCCCUGCUUCCCACACUCUGGCUGGUGGAUGGCAGUGGCAGGCUGGUUACAGAGCCCUCCUCCCAUGGUGCCAGAGCCCUGGGCAGCUCAGCAGCAUCUGCCCACUUCUCACUCUGGUGGGAGUGCAGCCAGGUAGCCUCCUGGCCUUGACUGAAACCUUCAGUGAGAGGGACCAGAGCGGCAGGCAGCCCCUACCCCGGUGCAGGGGGCAUGGACCCUGCCUGAGACCCAAGCCCAGGGCACAAUGCCAGGUCCCUUUCUGAAGAUCUACCUCUGGCCCAGCCUCCCCCCCUUGCCCUGAGAACAGGAAACGGUUAACUCAAGGGACUGACACUUCACACAAAAAUAGGAUGCACUUUUUUGCUCAUGCAAGGGCAGAUGAGUGUCCCCCGGUGUGACUGGUGGUCUUCCCAGCUGUAGCCCCACUCCUGUCCCUCUGGUUUGGAAGGGAAAGAAUGGGUGCACCCUGACCGCAGAGGGGAGGGCUGUCCCUGUGUGUCCCCAGUGGGUCCCGGGCAGUGGGCCUGCAGGCCUGGGGUUCUGGGACAGCCAGCACCUCCUGCCUGGCAGCCACACAUCCUGUACUUUGGGUUUCUUGGUUUGGGUUUUUUAAUGCCAGUUCUCCGUAAUAAGUGCAUUUCGAAAGAGAGGUUCCAGCUAUCACUUGUAACCAUAUAUAUACAUAUAUAUUCUAUCUACAAAGUGUUUAUUUGCAAGAUGUUUUGACGGUGAGCUUGGGCCCUGCCCGCCUUGUGACCAUCUGUCCCCGGUCCUCGUCCCCGCUCUCCGGCCCGAGUGGCGCGGGGGCGGGCCAUCAACUGUAUGUAUUAAAAAUGACUGUAUCAAAUAAAUGUUUAUUAAUUUUUUUUCCA